CACGACAUCAUUGACGACUGCUAUGCUUGUUGUUUCCUCUCCUUCCCUCCAUGAAGAUUCGGUCCGCUUGUAAUACAUGACCAGCCAUGAAAUUUUGCAGUACCCAUCGACCGCCUGCAUUUGUGCGGGCUAGGAUACAUCUACAGCGACAUCCGACGUAAAACAAUUGGAUUCCACAAAUCGAAUCCCAUUCUCCGCCCAAGGUCUUCCUGAGGACAGACAUAAUGGCCGGUGAUGGUGUGGAAAAGCCUUGCACCAUCGUGCUUCACGAUGACCGCGUUUCCGGGUUCGACGUUCUCGCCGGUCCGAGAGCAAUGCAUGUCGGCGAAGUUGCACACCUAUCUGCUCCAGGGGCGCGCUCGCUCUGCAUAUGUCCUGCUGGUCAGGCCGGUGGCGCGAAUGAGAUCUCGAUACAUGUCUCUUUGGCGUCUCUAUUUGGAUUCGAGAAUAGGACACAAGGCAAGAUCCAGCUCAUCGACGACACCGACGUGGCGACCGCAACCCAUGUUGAAAUAUUCUUCCGCGAUCAAUAUCUGUCCCGAGCGGAUAUGUGGCAGCUGAUGAAAUGUCUUGAAGACACGGUUAUGUUUGAAGGUCAGGUGCUCAAGUAUCUUGGCUCUGUGAUUGCCGACGUCGAGCAGAUUUGGGUGGCAGGCAAAAACGUCGAUUCUGCCUUCGUCUCACACCCUUAUACGAAGCCCAUUUUCAGGAGUCGAAGCGCCCGCUACUCCAUUCUCAUCGAAGUGUCGAGAGAAAUGCUCGAAGGCUGGAGCAAUGGAUCUCUCAUGUAUGAGAGAUUGAUUGACGAUUUCCUCCAGGAGCUGUUCCAAAAGUGGGAGAGGGCCAAGGCACGGCAUCUCGCGUCAGUCAUCCUUUUUGGACGUGCUACGGGAACCGAUGGCAUUAGCAAGCGCGACACUCAAACCCAUCAGCAUGGCGAGGACUUUUACAUCUUGUUGGUGUCCGAAGUGACCAGUAUCACGUGGAAUGACAUCUUGCACAAGAUUAAAAAAGCAUUCAACGAUUUGACUCUGUCAAGAUCGGUUUCUCUUGCGGCAGAAAGCAACAUACUCGAAGCUAUCCAUCUGACAGCUAUGGACUUCGCAGAUGAUCAGAACGACGCACAUUUGAUGAGCACCGGCACCUCAAUUAUUGCCAUCACAGCUGGAAUCGGGGUCUUUGAUGCGGACCACACGCUGCUCAAGCAGACUACUGACUUGCUUGUUGGCAAUAGCAUUGGCGUGGAUAUCGUUGCUCUUUCACCGAGACCACUGCACCCAGUGCCUUUGUUCCGUUACGAUCACGAUGGGACUACAGAGUACGCUUUACCACACUGGGUCGACAUCUCAUACUGGCAUACCUCUCUCGAAGAGCAAUUGACAACAUGGACAUUGUCGGAAACGGAAGAACCUGUUCAUGACAUCGCUUUACCUUUCCUGAAGGACUCUGGCUUCGGUGAAAUUGAUACUGGCGUCAUGGAUUCUCACGACAAUCAAGUCUUUGGCGAAGAGCCUGCAGCGCUGCGCAAUUUGGUGAGAGUGCCCUCUUUGGAGCCAUCGAUGGGCUCGGCGGAUACUGUCCGUGGCCUGCCUUUUCAUGAAAAGCCCAAAAAGGCGAGCCCCGAGAAGAGUCGUCCAAUUGAGAUCGCUGCACCUGACACCACUGGCAGCGCAACUAAGGCUGCUCUUUACGGUGCGAAGAGAAAUCGUCUACCGCCCCAUCCGUUGAUGCAGACAGGCCGUAAGAUCAGCCUGGGACCCAAAGGUCUGGCGCCAAGUAGAGGCGUGGCGAGCACAACAUUGUCGGUCGAGCACGCGGAGAAGGAGAAGGAGAUCAAUUAUGCGGCUUCCCUCGCCUCUAUAACUGCAAGCGACAAAAACAGUGGGCUUGCAAAGGCCUUCCAAGCCAGCCUGAGACGAAAACCAUCACAACAGAGCAUGAUCUCCCAACAGUUCAGUGAGCCGGACCCAUAUCACAUCUCAAAGCCAAUUGAAAUACAGUCUGAGCAGCACGCACACACGCCCAACAAAGGAAGAGGGUCGGAAAGCGAUGAACUCGUCAAGAUUCUGGAGCAGAAUAUGGAGAACACUACAGUCACCAAGGCUCUGCAGAAUGAUACCUCUUUCUCCACUACGCCAAAGGGAGGUGGCUCGAACUUUGGUCGCAGAAGCCGGCACGAUUCGACACACGAGGCACUGGACAUGAUGUCCCCUUGGGUCAUGCUUCUAAAUCCCUGCAAUCCUCGAAGAGACAACAUGCGAGUGGCAAGUCAAUACCGCAAAUGGCAGCAUGUCUUCCCACGUCCCGUGAGCACUGGCUCGUUCAAGUGGUCGUCGAUGUGCGCUCCUGCUGCUUUGCCGCUUACUUCGGAGUACAAGCCAUCGCCAGCUGAGCUCGAAUUCUACUACCGCAAGCAGGUCAAACGACAUGUCAUAAGCGAUUCCAGUGGGCUCAAAGAAGAGUCCGCGAGUAUACUUGUGGAGAGACUGAUUGACGUGCGUCUUAUUCGUGGCUUCCAGAUUGUGGCGAUCAGGAACAGUGGCGGCGAGCAGAUUGUCCAAAGCAAAGGAAGGCCUAUCCUGCUCUCGUUGGGCCGGUGGUACCAUGAGAUACAGCGAAUCUCAGAUUUCGAAGUGCAAAUUGUUCAGUACUCUCCAAAAUCAGGCAUUGGUAGCGAAGAUCUGGAGUCGCAACACUAUGUGACAUCCUACGAGCCAAAGAUGCGUACCAUCCUCGGUCUGAAUAUCAAGCCAGAGAUUUCGUACCACUCCGAGGCACCGAUUACAGAUUGGACAGAGCUUGACGAGCACAUCUUACGCCUGGCACCUCUUCCAGAAAUCAAUGUUACCUUCAAAGUACGGCUUGUACUCUUGCCAGUAGACAUAUCGAAGACGGACUACCAAAGCCGGCUAGGGGGUCUUUCUGAUGAGGAGCGGCGCAUCGAGGGUAUUCAGCGACUGACACAAUUAUGGCAACGCCAGCGAUACUUCUCCGCCGAAGACCAAUCGCACCAGGUCUCGGUGAAGAAGUCGGCAUCCACACCGUACACGGCCGAGCGCGAUCCGAACCCGCUGGCCAUUGAGUAUCAGACUCGAGAUCCAAGUGUCGUUGUCAAUGCGCAUGGUCCUGCUCUGUCCAGCCAACUCGAAGAGGGUGACCUUGAUGCUUCUCUGUUCUCAGAAGCUGAGAAGCAUCACAGCAGCAACUUCGACAUCGUUAAGCUGGUCAAACAGAUGCAAGAACCACCUCCAUAUGGUGUAGAAGUGCGUGAUAGAAGAUGGCUCACCGUCACACAUCUGAAAUGCUUUAGAGGUGAUGAGAUGACAACGUGGCUACUGGGUGUAUUCAGAGAUCUAGAGUUGCGCGAGGAUGCUGUCAAUGUCGGCAACGAGCUGAUGAGUCGCGGUGUCUUUUCUCAUGUGCGACAGAAGCACAAAUUCCGAGAUGGCCAUUACUUCUACCAGAUCAGCAGCGCCUACAGAACGACGGAGUAUCCGAACACCACUGGAUUGUUCAGCAAGGCGCCAUGGAGAUCGAUACCUCCCACGCCUAUGACUGACUCCAUGAAGUCACCGAUGCUGAGACCAGUCAGCGGCAUUAGCGCCACCGACUCGAGCUCAUCAUCUGACAAAGGAACACCCGGCCUAUAUCCCACGGAACCAAAACAAAUCAUGCUCAGCCAGUCUAUGCAGUUUAACGUCGACCCGCAGAAGAAAUCUGACCAUCUUCAGAUCAUGGACUUGCAUUACGAUCGCAUUCACAACCCAGAGAACUGCUAUCACAUCCAGCUGGAAUGGCUUGGAACAUCAGCGAAACUGAUCCGGGAAGCUAUUGCUCGGUGGUCUAGUUCGGUCGAAGGAUAUGGCUUAAAGCUGAUGCAGGUUCCUCUUCAAGAAGCGUGCAAGUUCAGAGAGCACCAUCCGUACGACCAGCCACAGCCAGUCAAACUUGCCGUGCGUCCACCAGACAAAGUUCUCGCCACGCCUCUAAUGGAGCCACACACUUUCUCUCCGCGUACAGUCGAAGAUCCUCUGGCAUAUCACAAACGCCUGCUGAAAAAGCUCGACUUCGUCCUCGAUUAUGAAGCAGCCAGCACAUUUACCACCUCGAUCAAUGUGCGAUACUCCUUUGGCCCACCUUCGUACCAAUACACACAGUUCGUGCACAAAUCUGGUUUGGUACUCGCGCAAAUACUCGCAAAUGACAUUGGCGAUUUCUAUUUACUACCCAACAGGCUUGCAACAAGCAAACUAACGUCUACUAUGAGGCCUACGACUGAAUUCGACCGUCCAGAUGUGACUGUUGAUACGGUCCAGAAACACUUCAAGGCGUUUUGUAAGAACGAAGAGGCGUUGAGACAAUUUUACAAUGAGAUUGAUCGCGUCAGACCGGCGGUGGCGCCAAGUCCGAUGAGCACUGCGUCGUCUGGCAUGGCGGACUUGGAUGUACCGCCGAUGCAGUUACCCCCUUUGAGUGGAAAUCAUCGUGCGCAGUUGAGAGGACUGUGAAGGUGUGCAUGAACAAUGCAGUCUUCAGAGAUGCAGAUUUCGGGGCCGGAAAGAGGCUAGCUUUGGAGGGGCAAAAGCUUUAGCAUGAAUUCUGGCCGAGACCGGACAAUUAGCCGCCACUUAGCAGCAAUUAGUAGGCAUCAUGUAAUCAUGACCACAUCAAGUCUCUGGACGUCGGCGCCGAUGAU